UUUCCAUGCGCCGCUUCUGGUGAUACAUCAGAGAAACCUGAUGCUUUCGAAGCCGACGAUGACGACCAGCAUGAUCCGGCAGCUGUUGAGACGAGGCUAUCCGUUCUUCGACAUAUCGGAAUGAAAGCGAAUCCAGGACCAGCUCUUCGCCAUUAUCUCUUGAAAAAAGUUGCUACAGGGAAAAAGGAGAAUCCAUGGCUUUCUUGUAUCUGUACGGAAAAGAGUCUCCGCAAGAAACUGCGACGUUAUAUGCUGGGAAUGAUGAUCCAAGCGUGUAAGGACGAAGGAGUGGAAGAGUGUCAACUCGAUUCGCUUCAUGAAGAUGCUUUCAAAUUCAUCGAUCGCCUGAAUGAAGAGCUCAUUCAAUCGCUUGCUGCUGUGGGAACGUUUUCUACUGAGCAGAUGCGAUGUGCUCGAAGUAAUUGUCAAAAGGCCUUUCUACCACGAAAAAUGGCUACUACAUUAGUAUCGCGAAUUAAUGGUGAUUACACUGAGUGCCAGGUAAAAGUGUUUCAAAACCAAAACGUACCUUUUAAAUGUGCCAGAAUGCUCAAAAAGCAUUGGAAACCAUGA